UGUCAAAACUAUGUCAAAACAGAUGGUCGUUGGCUGUUGAAAUUUCAGUUUUCUCUCUCUGUUUAUUAUGUACAAACGCUAUAUAUGUUAAAAGGAUAUGAAAAGGAUACCUAUAUCAUUCGAAUAAAGUAACGGCCAUCUCAUUUUUUAACGUUUUUAACAUUUUGUUUAUAGCGUUUUUGCCAUUAUUUGACGUGAAAAAAAUUAACUUUUACAAGAUUUUUUGAGAGAUAAGUAUGAAUUCUCGGCUGCCUCAAACAGUAUCCCUUAUAGAUUCCAAUCAGGAAAAUGCAAGAAUCAAAGCAAAAGCAGCCCAUGUAAACAUAACACAACCUACAAGAAGGGGAGCACUCGGGGAUGUUGGAAACACAUUAACAGACACAAGAAAUGGCAAAAAAACAGAAAAGACCUUUAUGGGACCACCAGUUCAACCUCCAGCCAAAAAUAAUUUUGAUUUGACCAAGAUUAAAGUUGCAGCAACUAGUAAUAAGGAUACUACAUUAAAAUCUACUAAGGAAAAUGUUGAUGCAAAUAAAAAGAAAGUUCUCCAAACCAAGCCAGUUAGACAGGAGAGUAUAAUUCUGAAAAAAUCAUCAAUAGUGCAAGUUCAGACUAAAGCACCCGAAGUUAUUAAGACUAAGCAAAGUCAGAAUGUUAAAAACGCAACCAUUUAUGACCCUGAUGAGAAAACCAAAGAUGAUCCGUUAAUGGUAACACAAUACACCCAAGAUAUUUUGGCAUACUUAAGAAGCCUUGAAGAUCAAUUUCCAAUCAAGGAAAAAUUUUUAGAAGAUGCUAAAGUAACUUCAAGAAUGAGAGCUACCUUGGUUAACUGGCUUGUCGAAAUUCAUUUAAAUUUGAGCUUGGAGUUAGAUACACUAUAUUUGUCUGUGACACUCAUUGAUAGAUAUCUGCAGGUAAAUAAAGCUGUGAAUCGCAGUAUAUUUCAACUGGUUGGCAGUACUGCUUUAUUUCUGGCUUGCAAAAUUGAAGAGCUUCAGUUGCCAGAAGUAAGCGAUUUUGUUUAUAUUGCUGACAAUGCUUUCAACAGAAAACAACUGCUUCAGAUGGAAGUGGAUAUGGUUAGAAGAUUAGAUUUUAGAAUGAGUUGGCCUUUACCCAUUUACUUUCUAAGGCGUUACAGUAAGAUUGCCCAAGUCAAAAGUGAUCAGUACAAUCUUUCUAAAUACAUAUUGGAAUUGGCAUUAUUGGAUUAUAGUGUUGCACAUGUAAAACCAUCAAUUCAAGCUGCAGCAGCAUGUUGUUUAGCAAUGGCUAUCACGAACGAAGUUAUGGAUGCUUCUAAGGUGUGGACGCCAACUUUGGUCCAUUAUACAACCUACCAUUAUUCUGAUUUUAAAAGUGUGGCAUAUGAAUUUGCUCGAAUUAUUGUUAAAGCUCAGACCUCCAAGUUUGACACAGUGAAACAGAAGUAUUCUAAAUCAAAAUUCGAGAAGAUUAGUCUUAAUUUUAGGCUAAAUGGACCUCUCAUUCGAAAGAUGACUUUAGGGCCAGUUUUUAAAUAAUUUUGACUGAUAAUGUAUAGAUAUAUUUUUUAGUUUUAUACAUUAGGCUAUACAUUAAUGAUAUUGUACAGAUUCGAAUUGGAUUAUUAAAAUAUUAUUUAUAUCAUAAUGUAUGAUUCUAGCUACACUUUACUGGGUAAUGCAAAAUAAAAUUGACAUAUUUUUCUCUAGCGUAAAUGAUGAGAAAAGCUGUUAAACAAAUUAACGAGUAUGUCUUAUUUAUUUAUUUUAAUAAACCCUGUAUAUA